UUGAAACAUUUGUUCUGUAUUGUUGAGGGAUUUUUGAAUGUUGUUAUUUACAGCCAAUUGUACAUCUGUGGCUGACUUUGAUGACUGUCCAGGGAAUAUAACAGAUUUCUGUCCAGAGUAUAGUGUUUGUGCAUGCAAAGAUGGAAAGCCUUUCUGCAAAUGUCCAAAUUUCAGGGGUCAGUGGGGAAAUUAUUGGUACAUGGGGGCCAAAUGUGACCAACUCUGGAAUACUCUGGACCUGAUUUUAGUAGCAGUAUUGCCUGGAAUAAGCCUUGCUUUAAUAGUUGGUGUCACAAUCCAGACUAUCUACUACUGUAAAAAGAAGUCAAAGAAGAAUAUAAAUGAUCACCGAGAACAGAGGAGUUUAUCAGGACUCCAAGCUCAGCAUAAUUCUGCACAUGUUUUCAAUACUGCUAUGAGACCUUCACCUGAUCAAGGCCAGAGUCCCUGGAGUUCAUCCCCUCAGAGUGUCUUUCCCAGAAUUCCUGUAUCUCAACCACAACAGUUUUUUGGAAGAAAUUACAACAUUAUGGCUCAUGAGCCCAAAGAGGACAAUCCUUACAUCCAGCCAUUUUAUAACUGGGAUGGCUCUCUGGGAACAACUAGACCUGAAGUAAAUAUGGGGACAAGUAUUCUUCGACCAUACACAUGAAGCCACUUUUUGUAUGUAUCAUGCAUUUUAAUUUCUGUAUAUGGUUAUCACCACCAUAAUUCAAAUAAAGGUAAUACAAUGAAUACUAAGACUUUGCUAGAGUAAAAUGAUAUGACAGAAUCAGUUGAGAUAAAGAUAUGGAAAGUUUAGCUUAUAAGACUCACUAUCACUACUAUUUCAUUCUGUAAAAUGGGAUUUGAAAGUAGGAGUCAAAGGUAUGGUAUAUAUAAUACUUUAUAUGUAUUAAUAUACUAUAUUAUAUAUGUAACUUAAAUUUGCAAUCUUUA